AUGGAAGGCCGCUACGUCAACGCAGUACAUUCUUCGAGCGACUGUAAACGAGCUCUGCGGACACAUCGAGAUCAAUCGGCGCUGAUUCUUCGGCUACGCACUUUGUUACGUGCCAGCGAUGAGGAUCAAGGCAGCUUGGAACGGCAGGUAAAAGCUUUAUGGGCUCAAGUCCAUUCGCUCCAAGCCGAACUCAAUUCUCUCCAACAGCAGCGUGACCAGCUGACCUCCGACGGGUAUUUCCUUCAAAUAGACGUUUUGCAUUUGAUGGAGGAAGUGGAUCGGUCUAAGGAGGCGAUCGCCGAUGGCCUGGCCUUGAUCAGCGACCUCGUACAACAAUUGGAUUGUUUGACUCCUCUGGAGGGUCAGUUGGCAGUUUCGCAGGCGGAGAACGCCAACCUCUGUCGUCAGCUUGCGGAAAACCGCACGGUACACGACCAGUUACAGGUGGCGGAGAAAGAUCGGGAUCGGUCCAUAGCAGAACACCGUGCUCUCCUCGACAUACUGAACAGUGCUAUACUCGGGUCCCGGUCGUCUGCGUUGACCGCUCGACCGAUGCCUAGAAGUGCUACUCCGGCCGGAUCGCCACCUGUUUCCGCACCCCAGGGAUUGAGAUCGCUUGCCCGUAGGUCCAGGUCGAGAUCGUCUGGCCCGCCGGCCAAGCGUCGGCGUGUUCAACCAAGGUCACGAUCCAGGGAUUCUUCCAUCACCCGUUCGGCCUCUCGGCUAUUGUCGUUGAAUCCCUCAACACCUUCCAAGAAACUUCCCAGAUCGGCCCCACCCGAGCCUUCAUCCAAUCCUUCUUCUUCUCCGCCUUCGUCCGCGGCUUCUGGGACUGGAUCGGGAAGUGAGGAGCUGACCGAGUCGGACUUGAGCUCGGAUAAUUUGACUCGUUUCGUGUUGUCCCACUCGAGAUCGACCGCUCGUCGUCAAACUAGAUCGGAUGUCCGAUCUUUGACUCCAGACCCCUCUCCGUCUGCCCAGGCCUGCUUCCACUUCAUCCGUAGCUACCGCGUUUAA